GUUUGCAACCAGCUGCGAUGAAACUGAAAAGCACUGCAGAAGAAGAAUCAUUCGGCGAGUAGCUGUCAGAUGCUGGAGUUGUAGACUGCUUCAAUCACUGCAUCCAGGCAGUAAUGUCUGGCUAUUUGCAUUCAAGACUCCUCUUGUACACUGGCGGAAGACAUCUUUCCCGUUUCUUUGCAGCCAGCCAGCAUGUUGUACCUGUUGCACAGUUUAGAACCUGCCUGUUCCCUUCUCAAGCCCGGAGCUUUUCCUCCCGUAGCGGUCGAUCAGAUGGAAGCUCAGGACAGGAUGGAGAGAACACACUGCGUGCUCCAAGACAUGACAUGGACUUCCAGCUGAGCCGGCUGCAGAUCAAUGCUGUUCUGUGUGCCAAUGAGCAGUCUGUUCGUAUUCCAGAAUUUGAUGGCCGUGGUGGUCCCAGUCCGGUGCUGAGGUUUGAGAGUAACCAGCUUUCAGCAAACACUCCGCUAGAGGACCGACGCAGCAGCGCCAACUGCCUGCGGACACGUGGCAUGCUUUUUGGCGUGUUUGAUGGACACGGCGGACAUGCGUGCGCUCAAGCGGUCAGCGAGCGCCUGCCUUAUUACAUUGCUGUGGCGAUGAUGGCAGAGUCUCUCCUGGAGGAUCUAGAGGCCGCCAUGGAGACCGUACGACCCGUGCCUCCCAUCCUGCAGUGGUAUAAGCACCAUAAUGACUACAACUACAGGGAGUCAGCAGCCCUCUAUGUCGAACAUUUGCGUGUUUACUGGCAGGAGCUUCUGGCAAGUGAAGAACACGGUGACGGCAUGCGCCUUGAUGAUGCUCUCGGCUAUGCAUUCCAACGACUCGACGCGGAUCUUUCCCUUGAGGCGCAGGUGCCGCUCGCAAAUGACCUGAUGCGGAACACAGCCAUCCAGGCUGCCUUCGCUGGCUGCACAGCUUGUGUGGCUCACGUUGGACCAGGGGGUGUGCAUGUUGCAAAUGCAGGAGACUGUCGGGCAGUGUUGGGUGUCCAGGAGGAUGAUGGGAGCUGGAGUGCCCUUCAACUCACACAAGACCACAACGCUGCCAAUGUAACCGAGCUGGAGCGGAUAUAUCGGCAGCACCCGGCCAGUGAACGGCAAACCGUAAUCGUAGAUGACAGGCUGCUCGGGGUCCUGAUGCCAUUGCGUGCUUUCGGCGACGUGCGCUUUAAGUGGAGUCGUGAGCUACAGCAGAGUGUUCUAGAGAAUGGAGACUCGGAUUUAGAAGCGUUGAAUCUUUAUCAGUAUGCUCCACCUAAUUAUCUCACCCCACCUUACUUGGAGGCCACACCAGAUGUCACAUACCACCAGUUGCGGCCUCAGGACCGAUUUUUGAUUUUGGCCUCUGAUGGUCUCUGGGAUGAGAUGAACAAUGAUGAGGCGGUCAGGCUUGUGGCGGAACAUCUGACGGGUAUUCAUCUACAGGCUCCGGUUUCAGCCAGCCAGCUCAACUUGGGACAAAUGCAGCAGCUGUUGUUGCGCCGACGGGCCAGGGCAACACCCGCUUUGGAUUUGAAUGGAGCCACACACUUGAUUCGCCAUGCGCUGGGCACAAAUGAGUAUGGUGAGAUGGACCAGGAGAGAUUGGCAACCAUGCUGGCUCUGCCUAGCGAUUUAGCACGCAUGUACCGUGAUGACAUCACUGUCACUGUGAUUUACUUUAACCCGAACUUCAACAAAACUAAAAACUAAUAAAGAACAACAUUUUAAAGUUUCAUACAUAUACAAUUAGAUUUGAAGAAUUGUUUUCUGCUGAGAUUUUUUUUAAUGCAUUUGUAGGCAAUUUUUUUGUCUAAUAUCGUUUCAUCCAGUGCACUGCAUACACCUCAAAAUACCUGCAGGUGACUUUAAUUUGAGUUUGCAACAGAUUGUUUCAUUUUUUUUUGGGAAAAUGUGAAUCCAAACAAUGGGUAGAAUUCACUGGUUCAUUUUAAAUGACACAAGGUUACAAAUGUGAAGGUACAUUAGGUCAAGUCUUUAUCUAUGUAGUUUGUUUUAUUAUAUUAGGCUGUUUUUUUAUUUAAUGUCUACAAAUCGUUAAUCGUUAUAGUUAUACAGAGUAUAUCUGUUCAUAGAAGUGGUCAUUUAAGUGUAAUUUUCACAAAAGUAGAAUUAGAAUAAUAACAAAAAUGCUUUAUUCCAUAGCUGUUCCAUUGGACAUUAAUAUCACUUGCAUUAAGUUUAAGUUGCUGUGCAGCCUGAAGAUUAUAUCAAUUUAACACACUUGGCUUCUGCUGUAAACGAUUUGUGUCUGAGCUGUUUUGGCUUGUGCUAUGAAGACAUUGAUUUUCACUUUGCACUUUGUAGUGACUAUAGGUUGUAUCAAAGUACCACAGCAAAUUUCUUGGCAAUGGUUCAACUGAUAAUAUUUGUAGUGCAAAGUAUGAAGGUCAUAGGGGCCGGUUUUAUUAUAAGUUAUGUGUCAACAUUACAUCAACUUGAAAGUUCAUUUCAAAAUCACUUUGCGGAGAAACGUUGUCUUUGUCUUACAUGGUGUGUGUGUAGAUUUAUGAAGUUAAACGUGCACCAUAUUUUCUGGUUAUAAACAAUGCUGUGAUUUUUAUAUUUUUGUUAAUAUUUGUUCUGUUCUAAUUUGAGUGACAGACUUCAGAGACUCCUUUUUCAGAAAUUUAAAAAUGGGCUAAUAUAUUCACUGCAGAAUUUUGUCUUUGUAUUUUUAUGAUGUCUGUUGAUGAUCUUGUUAUUAAAAUGUUUAAUCCGAA